AUGGAAAACCUGAAUAUAGGCAGUGCACUGAAGCUGCAGGCACAUAGUGCCAUGCUGAAUAAACUGGCUAAACGCUGCUUAGUUUGUGGGUAUAUUUGCAUUUUGGCAUUGCAGAUAGAAAUCUUGAAGGCCCCCCCGAAUCCUUUGAUCCAGUCUCAAGCAGCCAAUGACUUUGAUGAGCUUGUGGUGAGUAACAAUGAUGUUGUGCUCAAAAAUAUUGCUGAAGAUUUGCGGAAUCGUUUACCCAUCGAGGCGAUGUUUAAUUCGGAACAUCAAGCUAUUCAGAAAAUACACCAGCAUCCACUGCCCAUGAUUCAUGUUGAUGCAUUCCUUUAUGAUGAUGAUUUUGUUGAUUCAUUGUGCGAGGAGGGGAAAAUGAGUAGGAGCUACUGCACAGAGUGUGGCUCAUACAAGACUGCAUCCUUAGAGUUUAUUUCGCAUUCCUUUUCCCUCAUGGAACUGAAGUUUCUUUAUCAACAUGUACUGCCUGACCUGACAGGAAAGGGUUAUCUUUAUAGCUCAGCAUCCCAACUGUAUGGAGUAGAAAUGAAUGCAGACUUUUGCCAGUUGCAAGAAAUGAUGAUUACAAAAUACCAGUUCAUUGACAGAAUAAAGGUGGUUCACGCAGACAUCUGUACUCAGGCUUCACUUCUUCAGAAGGCUGAUGUUGUUGUAAUGAAUAAUGUCUUUGAAUAUUUUCUUGACAGACAGGAACAGGCCAGAGCUUGGGAAUUUAUCGCUUGUAAUGUAAGAAAAAGAGGGUCCUUAUUAGUGACAGUUCCAAGCCUUAGAGAAUCGCUCUCAAAGCUCCAGACAGAUAUACAGCUCAGCCAAUGGGUCGAAGAGAUGCAGCUAAACUAUGAUGUGUAUAUGGAAAAGGAUGUUGACAGAGAAGCACUUGAACAAAUACAUUUAUACAAGAUUCUCUAGUACCUGGAAAAAUUUGCUAGUAUCCUUGUAAUAGCAUUUAUUUUGGAUCUGAAAUGAAUUUGGAUUGAUUUGUGUGAAUAAAU